AUGGACAGAACAAACUUUACCCUAGGCAUGCUAGGAAAAACCAAUGUGAUUGCUGAUGCCUUAAGCAGGAGAUACAACUUGCUAGCUAUUCUUGAUGCUAAAGUAAUUGGGUUUGAAAUGAUUAAAGAAAUCUAUGCUAAUGAUUCUGAUUUCUGUGAAAUGUAUAAUGCUUGUUUGAAAGAACCUCAAGGUGUUUUUCAUGUACAACAGGGAUUUUUGUUUAAAGGAAAUAGAUUGUGCAUACCAAAAACCCCUUUGAGACUGUCUCUAGUAAAGGAAAUGCAUGAAAGCAGUUUAAGUGGACACUUUGGCAUUCAGAAUACUCUAGAUAUGCUAAGUGAACAUUUUUAUUGGCAUAAAAUGUUGGGAACUGAACCAUAUUGGUUCAUGCAAGAGAAGCUAGCAGCAACGUCAAAACAAGAGAAAUCCGACACUCAGCGAAAAAUCCGCUGA